GAGUUUCCAUCGCCAGAUUCCCGCGAAGAAGUCUGGAAGAGCUUCUUCAUCAGGUGCAGCACCGUUCCUGCUGUGAUCCUUGGCGUAGGCUUUUUCCUUGCCCUGUUUGUGCUUUGCAGCGGCUGCUGCUGUCGAAGAGAAAAUCGCCGCCGCCGUGCGCCGUGGUGUUUGCCUAGCUUUUGCCUGGGCUUGAUCUCAGUGGUCCUUGUUGUGGCUGGAGCUUUCAUUUACUGGGAAACUGGCUCCAAGGCCCUUGGCACAGCUCAGAUAGAGCUUCAGCGUGCCUUUGACAACGUCACAGAGGCAGCCACUCAAGGUGCAAAGAUGAAGGAGGUGGGUGAUGCUAUGCUGAAGAACUUGAAUGGAAUCCCCAAGACUUGCCCUGUCAUUAUUCAAUCACGAGUCAAGAAGGAAGUGAAGAAGAUUGCCCACCAGGUGGAAAUCUUCAACCAGGCAGUGGAUGGCUUCGAUGAUCUCAUCCAGCCUCUGCCGGACAAAGUCAAGGGCGUCAAGGAUCACGCCUUCGAGAUGGCCCAGCUCACGGCUGCGGGGCUGUUGGCCCCACUGACCUUGGUCUUACUCAGCUGCGUCACGGUCAUUCUCGCAGUCUCCUGCUCCUGCACAGGUCACUGCGCCGGUUGCUGCCUCCGAAGCUUCGGCCCUUUGCUGAUGGCUCCAACGGUGCUGGUGAUCGCUGUGGCAGCUGCCGUCCAGCUGGAGAUUGGGGUGGUGACCAGUAGCUUCUGUGCAGAUGUCGAUUCGAACUCUUUGGCGUUCAUUGGCAAGUUGACUGGCUACGAUUCCGAAGAAUACCAGUUGAGCAAGUACUACAUCACAGGUGAGGGCGACAAUAGGUUGCUGAUAGAUCUCAGCAACGCUUCGGAACAAUUGUCCUCGGCCAAUGCAUCCAUCACUGCCUAUGGUCGGGAGGUCGAGGCCUUGUGUUCUUGGAGGGGUCUUGAAGAGUUGGAGAAGGGCGCAGCCACUGCUCAGGCGUCUUUGCACUUUGGCAACUUGCUCCUCUCUCCGCAGAAUGUGUAUCCAUACUAUGAUAGGGCCGUGCGCCAGGAUCUCUGCCAGACCACGAUGAUUGGCCUUGGUUGGCUGGUGCUUUUCCAGGUCAUUGUGGGACUUCUCUUGCUACCUCUGCUGGUCUGUGUCGCUACUCGCUAUCUGCAGGCCAGGCGUGGCUGGCAUCAAGGUCAACAAGAGGCUUUGGAGUUGCGUGGUGCGCGAGCCAUGCACGGCGGCCCUCCGCCACAAGUUUGA